AUGGGGCAGCUCCUGUGGAGCAUUCUGCGGGACCUGUACGUGUUCUUGAUAGUAGUGUUUCUUAUCGAGCGCUUCCCGGGCAGCGAUUUGAUGCAUGACGUCUUUCGGAAAACAGUGAUGGUCGCCACGAUUGGUGUUGUGAUCUGGAAGCUCUUUGGAGGAAUGCUCUCCGAAACCUCAUCUGUUGGAGGACCUCGAGUCGGAGGCCCGCUCCGGCAGAAGAAAACAGAAGGAGGCAAUGGGCACGGCUUGGAGUGGGCAGUGUGCGAGAUGCAGGGUUGGCGGGCUGCCAUGGAGGAUGCCACCUGCAUUGCUGCGACCUUGCCGGAGCCACUGGCACACCAGGCGCUAUUCGCAGUUUUUGAUGGCCACGGAGGGUCCCAAGUAUCUCACAUCGCAUCGUUGGAGUUUCCGAAGGUGCUGCAGGUGUGUGCAAACAAAUUGCGGGACUCCGACGAGGACCUCGGCUCGGUUGGUUGGUUGAGCAGGUUCGUCAAUCUUCGCGGCAAGAUGAGGACCUCGGCAACAUCACCCCGGUUCCUGUCAACAAGCUUAGCCGAAUCGCAGGACGAGGCAGCUGAGGGUGCAAGUGCAGAAGACAUGACUGUGUCUCUACAUGGUGACAUAGCGAGUAACCUUGACAAUGCGCUUGAUGACAGGCUGGCAGUGGCCGAGAUGAGGGUGGACUAUCAGGCUGAGAGGUGUCUUGCCCAGGUCUUCAACAUCUACGCAGACCGCCCGGACGAGGAUCUGACGCUCAUGUUCGUGCAUGGGAUCGAUAUUGAGGAGGCCACCCUGAGCGACUACCAGCGCUUUUUGCGGCUGCAUCGCAAGAUGAUCAUCAAGAUCAACAACCUUCGGCUCAAGCGAAGCAAGCGAAGGCCCGGCCUCAAGAUCGCGUAA